AUGCUAUUCACACACGCUCUUCUUGCAGCUCUGGUCACCGGCGUCUGGGGCCAUGGUGUUGUUCAGGACCCGGAGCCUCGUACAACCGGCCCGAAGCAAGAAGAACUCUGCGGUACUGCCGUCACCAAUCAGCUUGAAAGCGACAAUGCCGGACCCAUCGAAAACGCCAUGAAGGUUGCCGACGCGGACUACAAGUGCAAUGCCUUCCUUUGCCGUGGCUACCAAUACGAAGACAACGAGGACAAUGUUCGCGCUGUGAAGGCCGGCGAAGUCAUUCCGUUCCACAUCGACCUCAUUGCUGGUCAUAGACCAGGCUAUGCCAAUAUCUCGGUGGUUGACCUUGCCACGAACACUGUCAUUGGCGAGCCUCUUAUCUCAUGGGAUGACUGGCCGACCACGAACCCUGACCCCCUUGCUGACAGUAUAGCUGACUUCAACGUCACCAUUCCCGACACUUUGUCUGAGGCUUGCGACGUCGGUGGCAAGUGCGCCAUUCAGUGGUUCUGGUAUGCCAAGACGAACAAGCAGACGUAUGAGAGCUGCAUCGACUUCUUCGUCGAGGCUUAA